GCUGUUUUCUGUCCUCCGCUUCAAGUUAGGGAGAGAGUGAGAGACAAAACCCCACACGCAUUAAAGGGAAAAAGUUUAGAAUCGCAGUCAUAACAGGAGAAUCCUCCCCCCCCUCCCUCUCCUCCAUCCCCCUUUUCUUGGCGGCAGCUUCUUAUGUGAGCCCAUUUUUUUUUCCAAAUUUGGGAUUUGUUUUUUAGAAGUGGGGGGGGGGGAGAAACAAAUCACUGCAAGGAUCCAGGCAGAUUCUGGAAUUGUGGACGAUCCCAAAAAUGUCGGAUCCGACAGUCAAUGCGCACCUGGAAGGCAUUAUAUCGGAUUUUGAAGCACUGAAGAGGUCUUUUGAGGUUGAGGAGGUCGACCAAUCUCCGAACCCCUCUGUCCAACCACGUAGAACCCCAAACCCACUGCUAAGAGGUGCAGCCGCACAGAAAUUUCAGGACCAAAGCGCUAGGAAUGAGCCACACUUGAGACAUGCAGAAAUUGGUGGUCAGAGGUCCCCUAAAUCGUCACUAAGACGUUUUGAGUUGUCUGGAUCCCGGCACCCAGAACCUAUGUCAAGGCGAACAGAGAUUUCCAUUGACAUCUCAUCAAAGCAGGUGGAAAAUUCUGCCCCAGCAAUGUCAAGGUUUGGUUUGAAGAGGGCUGAACUGUCUGGACAUAAACCACCAGAACCCAUACCAAGAAGAGCAGAGAUCUCUCUGGGAAAGCCUCAUGAUCUCCGUGGAGAGUCCCCAAAUUCGAAAAUACCUGAAUUGAACCAAAGAAAAGUAGAAGAAUCCAAUGCUAAACGAAUUGAGAUCCAGGUGCCUAAAUCUCCAGAAGUCCCUCCAGUCAAGCAGAUUGAAAACUCCAUUCCAACAUCCACUGUGCUUCACCAUCAAGAACCGAAACCACAACCUGUCCAGGUAGAGGUUCAGCAAAGAACCCCUGAGGUUAUUGAGGACACCCAACCGUACGCCGUCACCAUGACCGAUCUGAUCAGGGACGCGGGGGUGAAGCAGCCCCUUCCUACCAGGGGAGUGGGCGAUAAGCCAGCUUCAGAUUUUGGAUACGUGGGAAUAGAUGCCAUUUUGGAACAGAUGAGAAAAAAGGCCAUGAAGCAAGGUUUUGAGCUGAACAUCAUGGUGGUCGGUCAGAGCGGUCUUGGAAAAUCCACAUUAAUAAACACCCUCUUCAAAUCCAAGGUCAGCAGGAAAUCUGUGCAACCUGCAGCUGAGGAACGAAUCCCCAAAACUAUAGAAAUUAAAACUAUCACUCACGACGUUGAAGAGAAAGGAGUGCGGAUGAAACUGACAGUUAUUGACACUCCCGGAUUUGGAGACCACAUAAAUAACGAGAACUGCUGGCUGCCCAUUAUGAAGUUCAUCAAUGACCAGUACGAGAAGUAUCUACAGGAGGAGCUUAACAUCAAUCGCAAGAAGCGGAUUCCUGACUCCCGGGUCCAUUGCUGUAUAUACUUCAUCCCAGCCACAGGACACUCACUCCGGCCUUUGGACAUCGAGUUCAUGCGACGCCUGAGUAAGGUGGUCAAUAUCGUGCCAGUCAUUGCCAAAGCGGACACCUUAACCCUAGAAGAGAGGGAUUAUUUCAAGCAGAGAAUCCGUGCUGAUCUCCAGAACAAUGGGAUAGAUAUUUAUCCACAGAAGGAGUUUGAUGAGGAUGCAGAAGACAGACUGGUGAACGAGAAGAUCAGAGAAAUGAUUCCAUUUGCCGUGGUAGGCAGUGACCAAGAAUACCAGAUCAAUGGCAGGAGGAUACUGGGCCGAAAAACAAAGUGGGGGACCAUUGAAGUUGAAAACAUAGCUCAUUGUGAAUUUGCCUGCCUGAGAGAUCUUCUGAUCAGGACGCACAUGCAGAAUAUCAAAGACAUAACCAGCAAUAUUCACUUUGAGGCAUACCGUGUCAAGCGACUCCAAGAAGGAAACAUCCUCUCCAACGGCACAGCAGAAAAAGACUACUCCUCCAAUGAGAUGUAAUUCCAAGGCCUAGCACUCCCUCCAUUGAUCCAUCCUGUCUUUCAGUUUUCCUUUCAUGUGUCUUCUGCUCCCGUGACAUUGAGCGGGAGAAAUAUUGGGAAGAAAGAUCAGGAAAGCUUAGCCCAUUAAUUUUCAGAGACACCCCCCCCCCCUUCCCUUUCUGCCUGGUCUUUGAUCUGCAAGGAUGUGCCAUAGAUGUGAGAGGGUAUUGAUGCAGUUAAAGAAGGUGGGGGACUGGGAAAUAGUGAUGCCGCAGGGUGGGGAUUGUCAAGCCAUUCAUUGCUCUGUGGCAUGGGGUAUGAAAUGAACCCAUAGCGGUGCCUUUUCCGACAAUGGGACUGCGUAACCUUAAGAGAAGGUGCCAGGUAUUUCCCAGUUACCUUCCAUAUAAAUUGCCAAAUUCUUACAUGCCGAAGGUUAGACAUGAAUGUGAAAGUGUUGUAUCCCACUGCUGAAGUAUAGGUUAAAUACAGUAUUUAUUACACCUGUAAGGAUGAAUCGGGGGGUAGAGGACAAAGAUGGAAACCAGAAUGUUCAUUAAAUGGUGUAUAAAGCCUUAGCCUGUUAGAUGUUUUUUAUGUGUUGCUCAGUUCCUUGCAGUUCUUUCCUUACCAGGUUAUUAAUCGCCUAGUAACGCUCUUUUCUGUGGGGGUAUUUGCCCCCUACCAUAAUUUUCCACUUCAAUUAUUUAUCGCCAUUUGCUUCUUUUUUUUUUCUUUUUCUUACAUUCCACUUUCUCACCUUUUUCAGUUUUAACUUAUGUUCCUUUUGAUUUCACUUGUGGGCCCCUGUGAUCUCUUUACAUUAUAAUCCCCUCCCUGGUCUAUUUUCACUACUUUAUUAGUGGAAGUAUUGGAUACACAGAGUGGAAAACUAAUGCGAUCCCUUCCAAAUGAGAGGAAAUAAAUGGUGUCUUUUUGUGUAUUCAACUUUUUCUCUCCUCUGCCAUUUGUGGACUGUCAUUUACUGUAAUGAUCUCCAGUUUAUCCCUUUCUUUAAAAAAAAAAAAAAAGGCUUCUACUUGCUAAGCUGCAUUCGAUUAAACAAAAAAGUAUAAAAAAAUUAAAUAAAAAAUACUCGAGUUGCUAUAUUUUAGCAAAUUAAAAAAAAAA